CUUCCAUGUGGAGACUCUCUCAAUGGACGUGCCCCCGAGUGCUUCUUAGACGGACUGCGGUCUCCUAAAGGUCGACCAUGGUGGCCGGGACCCGCUGUCUUCUAGUGUUGCUGCUUCCCCAGGUCCUCCUGGGCGGCGCGGCCGGCCUCAUUCCGGAGCUGGGCCGCAAGAAGUUCGCCGCGGCGUCCGGCCGCCCCUCGCCCCGGCCUUCGGACGACGUCCUCAGCGAGUUUGAGUUGAGGCUGCUCAGUAUGUUUGGCCUGAAGCACAGACCCAACCCCAGCAAGGACGCCGUGGUGCCCCCCUAUAUGCUGGACUUGUACCGCCGGCACUCGGGCCAGCCGGGAGCGCCCGCCCCGGACCACCGGCUGGAGAGGGCAGCCAGCCGCGCCAACACCGUGCGCAGCUUCCACCACGAAGAAGCCGUAGAAGAACUACCAGAAAUGAAUGGGAAAACGGCCCGUCGUUUCUUCUUCAAUUUAAGUUCUGUCCCCGCCGACGAGUUUCUUACAUCUGCAGAACUGCAGAUUUUUCGGGAGCAGCUGCCAGAAGCUUUGGGAAACAAUAGUUUCCAGCACCGAAUUAAUAUUUAUGAAAUUAUAAAGCCUGCAGCAGCCAACUUGAAAUAUCCCGUGACUAGGCUAUUGGACACCAGGUUAGUGAAUCAGAACACAAGUCAGUGGGAGAGCUUUGAUGUGACCCCGGCUGUGAUGCGCUGGACUGCGCAGGGACACACCAACCAUGGCUUUGUGGUGGAAGUGGCUCAUUUAGAGGACAAGCCAGGUGUCUCUAAGAGACACGUGAGGAUUAGCAGGUCUUUGCACCAAGAUGAACACAGCUGGUCACAGAUAAGGCCAUUGCUAGUGACAUUUGGCCACGAUGGAAAAGGACACCCACUGCACAAAAGAGAAAAACGCCAAGCCAAGCACAAACAGCGGAAACGCCUCAAGUCCAGCUGCAAGAGACACCCUUUGUACGUGGACUUCAGUGACGUGGGGUGGAAUGACUGGAUCGUGGCCCCGCCAGGCUACCACGCCUUCUACUGCCACGGGGAAUGUCCUUUUCCCUUGGCCGAUCACCUGAACUCCACUAACCAUGCUAUCGUACAGACGCUGGUGAACUCUGUGAACUCCAAAAUCCCGAAGGCUUGCUGUGUUCCCACCGAACUCAGCGCAAUCUCCAUGUUGUACCUAGAUGAGAAUGAAAAGGUUGUGCUAAAAAACUAUCAGGACAUGGUAGUGGAGGGUUGUGGGUGUCGUUAGCACAGCAAAAAUAAAUAAGUAAAUAAAUAAAUAUAUAUAUUUUAGAGAAAGAAAAACCCCUACUCCCCUCCUCCCCCACCAAAAAAACAGCUGACACUUUAAUAUUUCCCAAUGAAGACUUUAUUUAUGGAAUGGAAUGGAAAAAAAACACAGCUAUUUUGAAAAUAUAUUUAUAUCUAUGAAAAGAAGUUGGGAAAGCAAAUAUUUUAAUCAGAGAAUUAUUCCUUAAAGAUUUAAAAUGUAUUUAGUUGUACAUUUUAUAUGGGUUCAACUCCAGCACAUGAAGUAUAAUGGUCAGAGUUAUUUUGUAUUUAUUUACUAUUAUAACCACUUUUUAGGAAAAAAAAUAGUUAAUUUGUAUUUAUAUGUAAUCAAAAGAAAUAUCGGGUUUGUAUAUAAUUUUCCAAACAAUUGUAGUUGUUUUUCAGUGUGUGUAUUUAAGAUGCAGAGUCUACAUGGAAGGUCACUGGGCAAAGUGCUUGCACAUUUGCUUCUUGUUUUUUGCAGCACUACUGUUAAAGUUCACAAGUUCAAGUCCAAAAAAA